CCAAGCCAUCAAAAAAACAUCACAGAAAAUAUUCACUAUUUUCACAAACCAUAACCAUUUUAUCCUUGAUGAAUUUCCUCCCUCAAACGCACUAAUCCUCAAAUUCUCUCUCAAAUGGAAACCAUUCUUUCUCCUCCCACAUUUUCCCCACUUCUCAAUCACAAACCCUCUUCUCCCAGAAAUUUUAUCUCUUAUUCUCUUCAACCCAGAUCAAAUUCACUAUCAUACACAAAAACCAUUUCGUGUUCCCUCAAAAAGAACCUAUAUUUCCCUCAAAAAUCACCAUCCUUUACAAUACCCACAAAUUGUUUUUCUCCCAUUCAACAAGGAUUAGCUGCUUUUGCUCUGUCUUUAGCACUGAAUUUCACCCCCAUUUUACCAAUUUCUUUUGCUGGAGCUUCUGAAUUUGAUGUUCUAAAUGAUGGUCCGCCCAAAGAAUCAUAUGUUGUUGAUGAUGCGGGAGUUCUUAGUCGGGUCACCAAGUCUGAUCUCAAAAGGUUGUUGUCUGAUUUAGAGUCUAGGAAGAAUUUCCAUAUUAAUUUCAUCACAGUGCGGAAACUAACUAGCAAGGCCGAUGCAUUUGAGUAUGCCGACCAAGUAUUGGAGAAAUGGUACCCAACUCUCGAGGAAGGUGAUAAAAAAGGGAUAGUUGUCCUUGUGACCAGCCAAAAGGAAGGGGCAAUUACCGGUGGACCUUCAUUUAUCCAGGCUGUUGGAGAAACUGUUCUUGAUUCAACUUUGUCUGAGAAUCUUCCUGUACUAGCAACUGAGGAGAAAUACAACGAAGCCAUUUAUAGCAGCGCCAAGCGGUUAGUGGCUGCUAUUGAUGGUCUUCCCGACCCUGGUGGUCCAUCAUUCAAGGAUAACAAGCGAGAGUCGAACUUCAAGACUAAGGAAGAGACUGAAGAAAAACGAGGUCAAUUUAGUCUCGUGGUUGGAGGCUUAUUGGUCAUUGCAUUCGUAGUCCCUAUGGCACAGUAUUAUGCAUAUGUUUCCAAAAAAUAGGCUGUUUUUUGAUUUAUGCCAUAUUGUGAAUUUUUGUAAAGAAUAUGUACACAUACAUAAUUAAUCAACUAAAAUGUUUGACCAUGUAAACAACUGAUUGAUGAGGUACUUAUUUAAGGGCUAUGAGUAAAUCUAUCAUGUGCACUAAUUCUUUUG